GGGACAGGACGCUUUUCCCUCACCGUGCAUUACAGGCAUGAAUCGGGAAGAACAUUAUUACUCUGCCAGUCACCUUUACAAGGACUCCUGUGCCUAUCAGAGGCCACACAAUGAGGAGUUCAGCCCAAGCCCGCCACCGUGCCUUUACAUGACCAGGCAGACCCAAGCCGUCUACGCUUCUCCUGCUUUAGGCACCCAGGACCAACACAACCAUCUUCCUGAUAUCACGUCCUAUGUGUCCGGACGAGAAGAACUGGCUGUGUCUCACCUGCAUCACUCACAAGCCCAACAGCUGCCUCUUCAAACAUUUACGGGGUAUGGAGACUCUCUGGACCUGUGCUCUGAACGAAACAGGUGCCAUCUUCCUUUCCCGUGGAUGAAAUCGACAAAAUCUCACACACAUGCUUGGAAAGGACAAUGGGCAGGUCCCUACGCGGCGGAGCACGAGGAGAACAAGCGCACGCGCACGGCCUACACGCGCGCGCAGCUGCUCGAGCUGGAAAAGGAGUUUCUCUUCAACAAGUACAUCUCGCGGCCGCGGCGCGUCGAGCUCGCGCUCACGCUCAGCCUCACCGAGCGCCACAUCAAGAUCUGGUUCCAGAACCGGCGCAUGAAGUGGAAGAAGGAGGAGGACAAGCGGAAGGCGCGCGCCGGCGACCCCGAGCAGGAUGCGUCCGUCACGUCCGGCGACCUCCGCGACGACGCGUGCGGCGGUCCCGUGGCUCCACCGUCUCCACGCUCUCGCCCCGAGCCCUUGGUAGCGCGAGACCCCGCCUGAGCAUGUCUGCACGACAUUUCGGACAUUUUGUGCAUGAGAUCCUGAAAACUCCUGGACUGGAAAUAAGUUGUAAAUAAAAUGUAUAGACUGCUAUCUA